GUCUUGUUUUUGGCUCACGAACUACGACCCGUUCGGAGAGAAGCCGGUCUCAUGAUCCUCAUUCCCUAGAGCUCCCGUGAGUCCCGUCUUCAGCAGCGGUUGCGGUUCCUCGCUUUAUAUUAUAUCAUGACCACUCUUCCUUUGCACCCCAAAUCUCAAGAACGACGUCUCUCAUUGUCGUCAGAAGAGUCACGGGCGUAAGAGUCCCCAACUGAAACCAUCACCACGAGCACCCCUCAUCAGUUCACGGUCGCUGAUGGUCACAGAAAGCCCACACGCACCAGCACGACCAAAGUGCGAACUGGAUGCGUGACAUGCAAGAGACGGCAUGUCAAAUGUGACGAGACGAAGCCGUUCUGUAUGAACUGCGUCAGGACGAGGGGGAUUUGCGAGGGAUAUGUGAUUAAACCCAGGAAGCCGAGAUCCAAGCCGGGCCGAAAACAGCCAUCAACCGCCGAUGAUGCGACGUUGGUGCAUAGUCAGCAGUCCAGGCGGGCCAAGUCGCCCACGGUGAUUAUGCUGGAACCUGACCUGAACUCGACCGACUUCGCCGACGACCUGAGCGUCAUGUAUUUUGACGAAUUCCUCCAGUUCCUUCGCGUGUCACUCAGCAGCCGGGGUGCGCUGAAUUCUAAGCUCUGGAAGACGACGAUGCCACAGAUGACCCGGACGAACACCACCCUUCGACAUGCCGCUAUGGCCAUCGGUGCUCUUAGCAGAGCCUUCGGCAGUGCUGGUGACGGCUCCGAUGUCAAGGCGGAUGAACUAGUACACCUCGCACGCCUCGAACGCAGCCCGCACUAUAAUAACGCAGUGGUGCACUAUUGCAGGGCCCUGCGAUUGCAGAGUCAAGCCCCCGAUGGCCUCGUCCUACAGGACACGAUCUUCCUGUCGGUCCUCUUCAUUGCCUUCGAGGUGAUGCGGGGCGAUCAGCGGAGCGCGUUGCGGCACAUCAACCACGGCAUGGCUCUCUUCUUCUCUAUACUGAUGGGGGGUGGGGUGGGCGACAAGCAUCCGCUCACCAGCCUGGCAGCGGCGCCCCGCGCACUUUUGGGAGAGGUGGCGGAGAUAUACAGUCUGCUCGGGAGUCAGAGUCGGACGGUGCUCGACGGGCGGGUCGGAGGCUCGUUACCGCUGCAGGAGGUCACGACGGGUUUGAUGAGAAAGGGCCAGAGUCUGGAGAUGCUCAACCUUUACAUGAUGCAGCUGCCGCGGUCCCUGGCCAGCAUAGACUCGAUCCCCAAGGUCUUCGCCGAUGUUGGAGUAGCGGAGGAGUACUGGGCUGCCAUCCAACGGCGGGGGGCGCAGCUGGGUCCGUUAGUCAUGGACUUGGUAUACGAAAGCGGGAUUCUGGAAUCGGAGGAUGACGACGAGGUCGAUGCGCUUUUCGCGGAUUUUCUUAGGAACCAAACCCUGAUGGAGUUCUGCGACGAGUCGGCCAGGUUGGCUGAAGAGUGGGACGCAGCAUUCCAGCCGCUGUAUAUGCAGGCCCUGAUGGAGGGGAAGCAGGACCGGGAGAAGUAUAUGCAGGCCCUACAACUGCGCCUGUCGCACCUGCUAGUACAAGCGUUCGGUUGCCUUGUGCAGUACACGGACCACGAGGCGAUGGCCACGCUGACGCCCCUCUGUCGCGAGAUUGUCUCUGUAGCCGAGGUGAUCCUACGGACGUCACAAGAGGAAUUCACAAGCGCGGCCCACCGGACUGGCGUGGAUGGCGGGGUAACGUGGCCGUUGGGGCUGGUGUCGUUGCACUGCCGGGACCCGCUUGUGCGUGAGGAGGCGAUCCGCGUGCUUCGGCAGUACCCGCGUCGAGAUGGGCUCUGGGAUACGCGGCUGUUUGCGGCCGUCGCGGAGCGGAACCGGGACCUGGAACGAGCCAACGCGGUAGAAGGGACGGGGGAGGAGCAGUGGAGGCGGUUGUGGCGACGGGAGCACGUCUUUGAGGAAGCUGGGUCACGGAUCGUGUUCCGGUUUCUGGAGAAGGAUGAGAUCUCGGGCCAGUGGCUGGUGGUGGAAGAAGCCGCGGAUCUCACGGCGGACCUGGAGGUGGUCGGGUGGAAGAGACAGCCCCUGACCGGCAAGGGUAGGUUCCUCCUGUCUAAUAUCCUUCCCGUUAACGGAUCCUCGACGCGCAGCAACAAUGCGGCGUAGGUUCAUUUCCACGGGGCAUUUCUCUCACAUUGGUUACGCCUGGAGACGACAUUGUUACAUUACAGUAUACUGUAUGAUGCCAGGAAAGAACAAUGAAUGGCGUUUUGGGGAUUAGGGCGAACUGGAUAUUCUGCUUGUUCUUAUAGCAUCUGAUACCACUCGAUUCAAUGUCAUCUGCUCUACUCU